GAUAAAGCCCCGCCCCGUUUUGAGGCAUUGAAACGAGGCAGUUGCGUAAUUUGUCUUGUCAAACGCGUAAAGCGCUUGACAUCUCUGGCUGUCUGUCGUGUUGUGCUUAUUUGCGGCAUAUUGAAUGACGUGAUCUCCAGUUGAUUUCAGCGGAGGACAUGCGGUUAUGGGCAACGCUUUGUUGAGCAGGAUCCACGGCUAGGAUAAAACACCUCUAAGAUCUGAGCGAGGCAUUGAGAGAGAGAGAGAGAGAGGGGACGGUUACAGUGGAUUUAAUGACACUCCAUCAAAGCAUCACAUUCUGAUCUGCCGAGAAAUGGAUGGAUACCUGCCACCUCAGUUUCAUGCAUUGUCAGACCAUAAGAAGUAUUGUCAAGACAAUACUUUUACAAUGGACCAAGGCACACCAUAUAGCAUAAACAUGAAUGUUUUCUUACCUGACGUCACCUACCUACGAACCGGCAUGUGUAGAACCGUGAGGUCUGUGGGGCCGCAGAUAAAGACUGAACCCAUACAUUCAUCGUUCAACUACUCCAGCUGCCAUGGCACCGUUGCACCCACCAUGACCCAUCAAGAGUACACAAACCUCUACACUCCAGCUCCGGAAACAGGUAGUAAUGUUUACAUCAAGCACGAGACGCCAUCCAUUGAAUUUCAAGACGUUCCACUGUUUCAGCUGUUGAAUUCAGAUCUGGAGCCCAAUGUGCCUGGAGGGCACUCUUGCACAGAUUCCCACAAUGCCACAUGCCCUCCCAUGUCAACGUAUAACAGCAUUCACCCAGCAUCCAGUCAUGGUACAGAGAGAUCCAUUUGUAAUAUGGCCAGCAAUGGAUAUUCUCUACCUGCCCAGUUUGGUCAGCAUCCUCAGAAAAGGGCGGCUUAUCUACCACCCUCCCCACCCAACUCAGAACCGGGCAGCCCGGACAGGAGGAAAGAGCUCAUACAGAACUUAUCGCCACCUCCGUCAUAUGCUGCUAGCAUGGCAUCAAAAAUGGCCUGUCUUACCCCUGGACCAGCACUUUCUGUCCAAACGCAACAGGUGCCUGCCCAGUAUAACCGCAGGAGCAAUCCUGAUCUGGACAAAAGGAGGAUACAUCACUGUGAUGUGCCAGGAUGCAAGAAGGUCUACACCAAGUCCUCACAUUUGAAGGCCCACUUACGCACUCACACAGGCGAAAAGCCAUACAAGUGCUCAUGGGAGGGGUGCGACUGGCGCUUCGCCCGUUCCGACGAGCUGACGCGCCACUUCAGGAAGCACACGGGGGCCAAACCUUUCCAGUGCUCUGUAUGUAGCCGUUGCUUCUCCCGAUCGGACCACCUGGCCCUCCACAUGAAAAGACACCAGAACUAGAGGCACCCACUCUCGUUGUUCUGACGGUGCUGCAGGAGGGCAAUCGGGACCUCUGUUGUUGAUACUAAUUAGGAUUUGGGUGUGUUGGUUAAUCUCGGGUUUUGGCAGUUCAUCAGGUACAACAGGACCAAACCCUGCCGUCGGUACGGCUCCUGUGGUCACAAAAACCAGCUAAUUGAUGAAAACUUGGCUCGAUGGCCAGAUGGGACAUUCUUUUGACAUGUUUGUCUGUUUCUUCAUUUGUCUGCAUAUUUUGAGGCCAUUCUUUAGGACUACUUUUAACGUGCCUUUUUUACCUUGUAGAAUUGAGGUGCCACGUAAAAAUGUACAUUGUUUUUAAGAUUGUGUGGGCAGUUUAAGUCAACUGUAAAGCAACAUUCUGGGUUUAUGGCAAGUUUAGCUUAAUUGACAUCAUUUGUGGUGUAAUGUUGAAUACCACAAGAUUGCAGUGCUGGAUGGAGCACACAAAAUCAAGCACUUGAUUGCGUUGAAGAAAAAAAGGCUAUUAAAUUAUUACAGUACAGAAAUUUCAAAUGUUACAAAAGUUCUUGAUUUUUAAUGAACUUGAGCAUUUUUUUUUUCUUUUCAGAAAAUGUUGUGGUAAUCAACAGAACACCAAGUUCUGUCAGCCGAGCUAAGGGGUAGUUCACCCGACAAAAAAAAUGUAAUUUCCUCACUAUUCACUUACAUUAAAGUGGUUUUAAACUCUUGAGAAAUUAUUUCUACAGUUGAACACAAAAUAAAAUAUUGUUUAGAAUGUUAAAAACCAGCAGCCAUUGACAAACUAAAAAAUAAUAAUAAUAUGGAAGUCACUAGCUAUGUUUCCAUCCAAAAAUGCGAAUUAACAUUAUGCGCAAAAUAAUUGGAAUAUUGCAGCAAAGAUAUGCAAAUAAAUCACUGUUCUCAUCCAACAAGUCAAAUAGAACAAAAUCGCCACUUCCUGAUUAACAGACACCAAAUGUCAACAGUAAAAAUGGAAUUUGCUGUAGUGGGAGAAGCUGAACGAAUCUUUUCUUUAUUUAAUAAAUUACUAGCACUUCAAUGCGGACAUGUGGUGUUUGAAGGUAUGUGACGUGGAGCACAGAUGCUCUUGAUUCUGGAGGCAAUUAAUAAUAUAAUAACACCAAUACUAAAUUAUUUUUUGGCAUUUUAGAGUAAUUAAAACAAUGGUUUGGAUGUUUAACAAUGUGGUUUGUCCCUUCACACACAUUUUUAUCAUCACAUGAUCUCCUAUAAUAAAAUCACAUGAC